GCCUUGGAGGGCCAUCAUCACUGGAAAUGGGUCUGCUUUCAGAAGAUGCAAUGUACUAGAUGCGGUGCUUGGAACAGGAUUAGUCAUGGCAUCAGAACUAUGUAAAACAAUCUCUGAGGCAAAGCUGGAAAGGCACAAGAACUUAUUCCUAAAUUACCGAAAUCUCCAUCACUUUCCUUUGGAGUUACUGAAAGAUGAGGGGCUGCAGUAUUUGGAGAGACUUUAUAUGAAAAGAAAUUCCCUGACCACAUUGCCAGAAAACCUUGCACAGAAGCUUCCAAACCUCGUGGAAUUGUACCUUCAUUCAAAUAACAUAGUUGUUGUACCUGAAGCCAUUGGCUCCCUCGUUAAACUGCAGUUUCUGGACCUAAGUGAUAAUGCCCUCGAAAUUGUGUGUCCAGAGAUUGGCCGCCUGAGAUCUUUACGUCAUCUUCGCUUGGCUAACAACCAGCUGAAAUAUUUACCUGCAGAGGUUGGAGACCUGAGGGAGCUGCAAACGCUGGACAUCUCAACCAAUCGUUUGAUAACGUUACCUGAAAGGCUGCAUAUGUGCCUUUCGCUGCAGUACUUGACUGCAGACCGAAACCACCUGUGGUACGUUCCCCGCCACCUGUGCCAGCUACCAAGCCUCAAUGAGCUCUCCAUGGCUGGAAACCGCCUGGCAUUUUUGCCACUUGAUUUAGGUCGUUCUCGGGAGCUACAAUAUGUUUAUGUGGAUAACAAUAUUCAUCUGAAAGGCCUCCCAUCUUAUCUGUAUAAUAAAGUCAUUGGUUGCAGUGGGUGUGGUUCUCCAAUUCAAGUUUCGGAGGUGAAACUGCUCUCUUUUUCAUCGGGCCAGUUAACUGUGUUCCUGCCAGCAGAGGUGAAAUCUAUAGGGACCGAAACAGAUCAUGUGCUGCCUUUGCAAGAACUGGCCAUGAGGACCCUCUAUAACACCUACUGCAGGUUUUUAAAAGAUGUGAACUUUCUGACUCCAAUCUCACUACCCAAAAGCCUCCUGGAAUUGCUGCACUGUCCCUUGGGACACUGCCACCGCUGCAAAACUCCAAUGGCAGGAUUGCAUCAAGGGAGGACAACUGUUAGUUUUGUGGCAUACUGCUGCUCCACCCAGUGUCUACAGACUUUUGACCUACUGAGUUGAUAAACAUUUAAAACUACUCAGGAGUGCUGCCAGUUUAAAGCUGCAUUAGACGUCGUAUCCCAUUGGUACUGGAAUACUGUAUGUGUGCGCGUGUGCCAAAGCAGCAGAAGUGCCCAGUCGGGAACACUAAGAGGCACUUAAAUCCUGCCCUAUCAAAUUUGGAUGAACUGCACAAACUUUUCAGAAGUGUAAAUACCAAGCCUUUAGAAGUAUUAACUUCUCUCUCCUCCAAGACGGCAUACAAACCAAACAAAUUCACAAUCUCUGACUUUUGGGUUUUCCAGUAUUUUUCAGAUGUGGCUGUCUUCAUGUUGACCCACUGCAUUAUUCAACGCAGUUUUCGUUCCUCUAACGGGGG